AUGGGGACUGAGGUGGAUAGGAGAAAGGACUUGGGCGGUUCAAUUCCGGUUGAGAAUGUGCAAGCACUUGCUUCCAAGAACUUGAAGGAUGUACCGUCCAGGUAUAUCAGACCUGAAGUCCAAUUCGAUGAAGUUUCCAUCGAUGAAUCUCUCCAUAUUCCGGUGAUUGAUAUGAGCAAGCUUCUAGCUAAUCAACUAGGCCACCAAGAUGAAUUGGCUAAGCUUCAUUUGGCAUGCAAGGACUGGGGCUUCUUCCAGCAGCUGAUCAAUCACGGGGUGCUUGAAGAAGCCAUAGAGAACAUGAAGAGUGACAUACAAGAGUUCUUUAGGCUGCCACUAGAGGAGAAGAUGCUCUGUGCUCAGACACCAAAUAACAUUGAAGGCUAUGGUCAAGCUUUUGUUGUUUCUGAGGAGCAAAAGCUCGAUUGGGGGGACAUGCUUUUCCUUCUUCCAAAUCCCGUCUCCCAAAGAAACAUGAGAGUAUGGCCAACCAAUCCCACUUCUUUCAGAACAACCUUGGACAAGUACUCAUCGGAACUUCAAAGAGUUGCCAUAUCUUUGCUGAGAUCGAUGGCCGUGAACUUGGGAGUUGACUCGGAGGAGCUUGCUAGCCUACAUAAAGAUGUGCAAGGGGUAAGAAUGAAUUAUUAUCCACAUUGUACGCAGGCAGACAAGGUGAUGGGUCUCACACCACACUCUGAUGCAACCGGAUUGACCAUGUUACUUCAAGUAAAUGAAGUACGGGGACUACAAAUCAAGAAAAAUGACAAGUGGGUGCCAAUUAAACCCAUUCCAGGUGCUUUCAUAGUCAAUGUUGGUGAUAUCAUUGAGAUAAUGAGCAAUGGGGAAUAUAAAAGCAUAGAGCACAGAGCUGUUGUGAACCCAGAAAAAGAGAGACUUUCGAUUGCAGCAUUCCACAGUCCAAUUAUGGAGGCCAUGGUAGGACCUUUGCCAGAUCUUGUAAAGGAGAAAGGAGCGAAAUACAAAACCAUAACACAUGAGGAAUAUGUAAGGCUUGUUAUUACAAGCAAACUUGAUGGCAAAAGCUUAUUGGAUCAAAUGAAAUUGGGGGAGUGA